CUGAGCCUAAGGCUUUGGAAAGCGCCAUGGCUGCGCCUAUCGUGCGGGGAUCUCGGACAAUGUAAGGCUCUACUUAUACUCGCGCGCGGCGGCGGCGAGCGGCGGCGCGGCGCGCAUGCGAGCGGGCGAGCGAGCGAGGGCUGACGCGAUGACGGAAGCAGCCAAUAGCCUUGCGGCGGCCCUUAGUCGUCUGCGGCGCUUCGAAGAAGCGAGGUCGCUGCUACGUAACACGAUCCCCCUGGCGCAACGCGUUGUUGGUCACCCUAUUGUUGGUGAGGAUAGAGAACUCACCCUUAUAAUGAAACUUACAUACGCGAAGUGCCUCUACAAAGACGACGGCGCCACGCUCGACGAUCUCCGCGAGGCCGUGAACACGCUCGAGGACACGGAACGGACUGCGCGGCGCGUGCUCGGUGCCGCGCAUCCUCUCGUGCAAAAUCAUAUUGGUCGCUCCCUGGGAGAGUCGCGAGCCACGCUCCGCGCCCGCGAGACGCCGUCGCCAGCGGAGAGUGCGUAAGUUGUAAGCUUUCCCAGCGCCGGGUCAAGAUUAAAUUCACAUAUA